GGGGCUCGGUGGAGCUGGUCACCGGGGUGUUGGUGGCAGUGCUGAGGGGCCCCUCACUGCCCCAUCAUGGUAUCUGCUCUCACCAUCCUCUUCCUCAGCUGCUGGCAGGCCCUGUGGAGCGAGGUGUCUGGAAAGCUCCCUGCGCCCAGACCCUCCAUCUCUGUCAGCCCCAGCGGGGUGAUCGUCCUGGGGGCAGCUGUCACCAUCCGCUGUCAGUGUCAGUGUGAGGCCAGGAAGUUAUUUCUUUAUAAAGAUGGAAUCCAAAUCAAGGAGCUGGAUGCUGGGGCCAGGGAUGAAUUCACCAUCCCCAGUGCCAGACGUGGAGACGGAGGGUUCUACAGCUGCAGAUCUCACUCCAGCUCAGAGCUGCCCAUGGAUCCCUGUGAUUAUGUGCGGAUAGUUGUAGCAGAGCUCAGCUACCCUAAACCCUCCAUCUCCCUGAGCCCCCACGGGGAAGUCGUCCUGGGGGGAACUGUGAUCAUUCGGUGUGAGUGUCGAUGCCAGAACGUGACGGUCCUCAUGUAUAAACUUGGAAACCCGGACGUACGGCGCUGGGCAGAGACUGCUGGGGGAGUGGCUGAGUUUACCAUCGACAACGUGAGCUGGAGAGACACAGGGAGCUACAGCUGCCAAUAUGGCACCGAAUCGGACCCGCCCGUCUGGUCGCAUCCCAGCGACCCCGUGGAGCUGAUGGUAGCAGGGGGACCUGACCCAACUCAGCCAGGGACGGCGCCGGCUCCCACCUGCCCAGUCAGCGUGAGGCCAGAUUAUACUCAGGGCAACAUCGUCCGUCUGGCCCUGGCGAGCGGAGUCCUGCUGGCUCUGGCACUGAUCGUGGCUGAGCUGCCCCAGGAUGGAGAUGGGGCAGAUGCUAGCUCAUCCCCGGACCCCUCAACACUGCAGCCCGCUCGACGCGUCUAAAGGACUUUCUCCCUGCGAGGUUGGAGCCGGGUGGCCUGGCUCUUGUUUAAGGACCUUUGUUUUCCCCUCUGCGAGCUGGAAGUCGUCCUGUUGCCAUGCCCUGCAGUCCCCAGCCCUCAGCGCGGAUAGCUGAUUAGCAGUGUCCCAAAGGCUCUGGAGAUCCUUUCCCCUUCCCUGGUUGUGCUGUUUUCCUCCCUGCUGUGUGUUUCCUCCUCUCCAAGCUCACGCUCCUGGCUUUCCAUCGGAUGCUGCAGUCGGGUGCAUGGCACCAUCCCACCUGCCCUGCCUAAGGGGAACAGACCCAAUGUGAGGUCGGCCCAGCCCAGAUUGUCACCAUCUAGAGCCUGAGCAGCUGGGGUCGGGGUCGCCAUGCAGCCACUUGUCAUUAACCCACGUCCAGCGCCCGACACGAUCCCCAGAAGCCCGAUUUCACCCCCGUUUCGGUCCUGUCUCUCCCCCACUUCCCGUCUCUCCAUUCGCUAACGUAAGGGGAGUGUUGGCCCCUCACUGACAUUUAGUGCAUUUCUGGGCCCUCUGGCAGUACCAGAGAAAGGUACUAGGCUAAGAUUUCCCAAGCACAUCAACCAAAACACACUGUUUUAGGUCAAAUAUAAAACUAAUUUAUUAACUCCCAAAGGAGAGAUUUUAAGGGAUUAUAAAUUGUGAGCACAGAGAUCGGUGUUGGAUACUUAAGAAAUAAAAAUAUAUCUGCAGUC